AUGGAAGAAGAUUCCGCUAAGCAAACGAAAAAAAAAAGUAAAGAACGCAAAGAUAGUCGCGGCCGAAAUGAGUCAGACGCUCAGGAAGAAAUAAAAAAAUUCAAGGAGAAUUUACUGCAGUCUGUGGCUGACGGGGGGAUUAUUCUUGGCGAUAAUUCUUUUGAGCUUUCGGUUCCUGAGCCGAGAGCUCGCUCCGGUUCGAAAGCCCGCGAAGCUUUGGAAGUCUCUGCCAAUAUAUUAGCGGAACUGGACGAGAAUAAGAUCUUCGAACUUAAGGAGGCAUUUCUCCUAUUCGAUCUGGACGGUGACGGGUGCAUAGAUCACAACGACCUACGUGGGACUUUUAUCAGCUUAGGAGAAAAUGUAGACGAACACGCCGUCAGCAACAUGCUAUCUGAGGCCACAAAUCCGUUGGACUUCGACGCAUUCGUCAACCUUCUCGGAUUCAAAACGCUUGAACUGGAUUCAGAGGAAAUUCUAGUGACUGCCCUGUCUCGAUGGGACCCUGAAAACACUGGAUACAUACCAGAAGCAAGAAUUCGCCAUGAUUUAAUGACGUGGGGUGACCGUUUUACGGAAAAAGAAGCGGACUACGCUUUGGAUGAGGCCCCGAUGAUGUCGGACAAAAAUGGCUAUAACCUCAUAGACUACAAACAAUUCUGUAGAAAGCUCUGUGGGCUUAAGAAAACUAAUAAACAAGUACUCGAAGUACAGAAUUGA